AAUGAACUCUGUUAGAUAGAGAGAGAAUAGAAAGCUUUCUUAAAGUCAAAGGAGUUAAAACUAUAAUCUACCCAUAAGAGCUUCAUCAUAAUUUAAGUAAUUAUUUAAUGAAUUAAAAGAAUCCAUCAUUUACCAAGCAUAUCAAGCAAUUCUACAUGUUGUAGUAAUUCAUGUACAUCAAGUCCACCUUAGAGUUGUUCCAAAUUAGAUGAGGAUAAUGUAGAGAGUAUAAUAAGUAAAGAAUAUUAUAGAUAUAUUGGUUUCUAAAAAUACAUGUUAAGAUCCUCUUAGUUGUUUCAACUAUGAUGAUUUUAAAGGAGUACUGCCUAUAACUAUUAAUGGAAUAAAAAUUCUUAAAAUUGAUUGGAGUUAUUUUACAGCAUCUCCAAAUAUGUAAUCUCCAUGGAAGGCUCAUUGUUUUUGGACUGUUGGAUAUACAUUUGAUAUCAAUAUGAGGAAGAUGAAAAGAUCAUAGAAUAUAAGAUAUCGUCUAAUUAUUCAAAGUUGGUGUUGCUUAAAUAAUAAAUCUUGGGUGAAAAACAAAUGGGAUAGAUUAUUAGAACAUGAAACUGGACAUUAUCUAAUUGGAUGUUUAUGUGCUUUAGAAUUUAAAUAAAAGUAAUAAUAUUAAUAAACAGUAAAAUAGAGCAGACAAAUUCAAAUAUACUAAGAAUUAUCGAAUGGAAUGCACUAAGUUAUUUCAAGAUACAUUUUAGUUUUAUUUGCAAAUGGAGAAACAAUAUGAUGAGGAAACUAAUCAUAGUCAAAAUGUAGUAAAACAAAAAGAAUGGAAUUAAUUCAUCAAAUAAGAACUUCUUAAAUAUUGA